AUGUAUCGGAAGUUGUCUAAGUUAGAACACUCGGAAAUAAAACAACUUCUUACAGAAGCUAACAUAGAUGUUGCAAAACAUUACGCGACAAACAAAAAAGCACUCGCUGACAUCCUCAAUGACUACAAUGGUGAAAUAACUUAUGAUAGAAUUCAUGAGUUCAUAAAUGCAAGAGCAUUUCCUUUAAAUGACGUUGCUAUUGACUUAUAUCAUAGACGUUCAAUACCUCAUGAAGUAAGGCGUGAGAUGUUUGACAUAACAAAUGCGAACGUUGGUCAUACUCGUAAAGCUCUUUCUCAUGAUGUUCGUCAAGAGAUGUUUGAACUUACGAACUCAAACGUUGGUGAAACACGAAAGAGAGAUGACACACUGAAACAACAGAGAAGAGAGAUGUUUAAAAAUGCUAUAGAACAAGUUCGCAAAGCUAACGAUGUCAUUCGUUCCAUUGACGACAAACCAAAAGAAGGUGAGAGAUGGUUAAAGAAAGAUGAAGAGAAUAGGAAGAGAAAUGUGAAGUCAGGCAAUAGACUCAUUGACUUUAACAUCGAAGCUUUAGAUGAACCAAACAGAGACUACUUACACAAACAUUUCGGUAAGGUUUUCAUGAGACUCUUAGAGAAGAUUAAAAUAAACUCACAACAGAGAUGGAUGGUAUGUUAUAAACUUGGUGGAAAGUAUGAAUGUUCUACGUUAAACCUCAAUAAUAUUGGAACAUUACUACAUCAGCUCUUGAAGGAGAACUUUAUAUCAGAGAUAGAAGCAAAUGCUGCAGGUAUUGUUGAAAUGCACUAUGACUUCUUCUUGACAAACAUAAAGAAUCUUACUGAAAUAAAGAUGUAUGAUUUAACAGAAUAUGAAGGCUUAACGAUGUCAGAU